AGCCCCGCGCGCGCAGGACACCCCGGCGGCACCCAUGCCGCCCGCCGCCCCGGCAGGGAAAAAAACAAAAGCCAAGGCACCACUUCCUCCAGCUGAGAACAAAUGUGUUGAUGUCACUUCUGUUGAUGAUUCUGUAGAAUCAUCUGCUUUCAUCAUGGAUCAGAAAGAAAACCUGAUAGAUAAAGACAUUGAACUCUCAGUAGUUCUACCUGGGGAUAUUAUCAAAUCUACUACAGUUCAUGGCAGUAAACCUAUGAUGGACUUGUUGAUAUUCCUUUGUGCACAAUAUCAUUUAAAUCCAUCAAGCCACACAAUUGAUCUACUGUCAGCUGAGAAGAAUCCCAUCAAAUUUAAGCCAAACACACCAAUAGGAAUGUUAGAGGUGGAAAAAGUAAUUUUAAAGCCAAAAAUUUUGGAUAAGAAAAAGCCAACGCCUAUAAUACCAGAGAAGACUGUGCGAGUAGUAAUCAAUUUUAAGAAAACACAAAAGGCAAUAGUGAGAGUUAGCCCACAUGCAUCACUUCAAGAACUUGCCCCCACUAUAUGUAGCAAAUGUGAGUUUGAUCCACUACAUACCUUGUUGCUGAAGGAUUAUCAAUCUCAAGAGCCCCUCGAUUUGACAAAAUCUCUUAAUGACCUGGGACUAAGAGAACUAUAUGCCAUGGAUGUCAGCAGAGCUACUUCUGUUACUGAAUUCCAUAAGUCAGCUUUACAAGAGUCCUGCCAAAUAUCACAGAACCUAGAUAUUAUGAAGGAGAAAGAAAAUAAAGGGUUUUUCAGCUUUUUUCAACGCAGUAAGAAAAAGCGAGAGCAAACUGCAAGUGCUCCUGCAACUCCUCUAAUAAAUAAGCAUCGCCCAACUUUUACAAGGUCCAACACCAUUUCCAAACCAUAUAUUUCAAACACACUGCCAUCGGAUGCUCCCAAGAAGAGGCGGGCUCCAUUGCCUCCAAUGACAGGAUCUCAGAGUGCCCCUCAGGACCUUGCUCACAUUCAGGAGCGGUCAGCUUCCUGUGUAAUCAAAUCCCUGAGUGUGGAUGAAACAGAUCAGCACCUCUGUGGAGCAGGCAGAGUGCGGACAGCAUCACUGCAACUCAGCAGCACUCCCACUGGCAAUUCAUCUUUGAAAAGAACUAAGCGAAAAGCACCUUCUCCACCCUCCAAAAUGCCCCUGCAACCAGACGAGGAGUCCGGUCAUGUGACUGACAGUAUUUCAGAAGCAAACUCUCCCGAGGAACUAUCCAGUCCAGCUGGAAUAAGCUCUGAUUAUAGCCUUGAAGAGAUAGAUGAAAAGGAAGAACUGAGUGAAGGGCCUAAAGAUGAGGCUGAAAAUACUUCUCUGAAGUCACAAGAUAUUCCUUUUGGAUCUACUAAUAUAAUAAAUACACUGAAAAAUGCUCCUGACUCAGCCCUUGGCAAUAAUACUGAAGAGUCCUCAAAGAACUCCAAAGAAGAAAAACAAGAAAUAAGAAACACAGAUGGACAAGGACCAUGCAUUGAUACAAGCAUUGAAAAGAAGGUAGUUGACAGUGUAAGAAGCUUGAAGUCAUUGGACCCUAACCAAGAAAAUGCAGGUCAAAGUGAAAUAACUGUGAUUGCCACAAACACAAAAGAUAAUGUGAAAAAUGGAGUGAGAAGAACAGAAAUCAAUGUAGGAGGUGUUACCAAAAAUAAUGUGGAUGUGGACGCUGACAGACUAUCAAACUAUCAAGCACACAAAGCUGAUAAUGUUAGAAGUUACAAGGAAAAUCUAUCGGCUCUAUCAGUAUCAGAUCAAAAACCUAAUCAGUCUAGUGCAGAUAAGACAAAAAAGCAAGAUGCAGCAAUUCAGACAGCUUAUUCCUGUAACACUUUUGAUGGGAAUCAACAUCGUAAUUUGUCUGAUUUCAAAGUCAAUGAAAGUGUGCAGGCUUCAAGUAACAACAAAUCAACUCAACAUUCAUCUUUAAGUCCACAAGAUUAUGUAGAUACAACAAGAAAAUUCAGGAGUCAGAAUCCCUUAAUUUUACAUUCAGAAGACCAGAUCACCAUGAAAGAUCCAAUUUGUGCACACGGUAAUGGUGAUCUCUUGUCUCCUGUAGAUGGAACUGAUAAAAAUCCAAAUACCUCACAUAUAAAGAAUUAUCCAAUUUACCGACAAGACUACAAUCCCAAGCCAAAACCUUCAAAUGAAAUUACAAGAGAAUAUAUACCCAAAAUUGGAAUGACUACAUAUAAAAUAGUGCCUCCCAAAACCCUGGAAAUCUCAAACAACUGGGAAUCAGAAACCGUAGUAUGUAAGGGUGAGCAGGAGAUACAUACUCUAGGGGAAAAAAACAAACACGAGAAUGUGAAAGAAACUGCAGUCUGCACAGAUGAUCCUGUUCUUUCUGAAAGCCUAAAGGAAUCUUUGGCACACAUGAAACAGAAGCCUACCCAGAGAACAGAACAUCAGGCGCACAGUAUGGAGGACUCAUUCCACAAUGCCAUGGUAAAUCCUCUGAAACCUACUCCCAGGACAAUGAGAGACACAGCCACAGCUCCUUUUGCACCAAAUCUGGAAGAUAUAAACAAUAUUUUAGAAUCAAAAUUUAAACCUCGGGCUUCAAAUCCCCAGGCCAGACCAAGUUCUUUUUUCUUGCAGAUGCAGAAAAGAGCAUCAGGUCACUAUGUAACAUCUGCAGCUGCCAAAAGUGUUCACACACUCCCUAAUCCUACUCCAAAGGAACCAACAAGUAAAGAGGUGGAAAGGGAUACUCUGCCUACUCCACAGCAAACUCUUCCUCCCUUGAAUAAGCCAGUUUCCUCUCCUUCACAGUACACUGAUGAUUACAUCAGCAGACGGAAACCUACUGGAACCUCCCCACCUCCCAUAGCUCCAAAACCUGUUCCUCUUCCUUCCAGUCAGUCAUCAGUACUAAAUCUGAAGACUUUGAAGACUUUUGGUGCCCCACGACCUUACUCAAGCUCUGCUCCUUCACCAUUUGCCCUUGCUGUCGUGAAACGGUCACAGUCUUUCAGUAAAGCACCUACAGAAUCCUGUAGUGACAGUGCAUGCACCCAGCCUCUGACUGACACAGAGGGAGGAAAGAUGCCUUCAGUGCCUAAACAUGUGGACACCCCCCAACUUGGUGGGAGUGAUAAGGAUAACUCUGCACAUAGUGAAGAGAAUUCCCAAAUACCUAUUUCGACUGACUGCCCAUCACUCACCCUUAAGAGACAAAGUUCCUUAACAUUCCAAAGCUCUGACCCAGAACAGAUCUGGCAGAGUUUGCUGACUGCAAUCCGUUCUGGAGAGGCUGCUGCCAGUUUGAAAAGGGUUACAGUUCCAUCAAAUACAAUAUCUGUGAAUGGAAAGUCAAGCCUCAGUCAUUCCGUGACCCCCGAAGUCCCGGACAGUCAUUAAGUAUUGCCCUGACAAAUUGUACUUCUCCACCUCCUCUUCAUAGAAAACUUCAUACUAAUGUAAGAUGUUGGCAAAUGUAUAUUCAGAUGUACACUAAUAUACUACCUAUUAAAGUAUAAGAAUUUGUGCUGUGAUUUUUAAUGCCAAAAGAAUUAUCAGAAUUUAUAACUUAUAUAAUAUUUUGCCUUAAAAGCUGAAUAUGCUGCUUUAGAACUUUAAGAUAUUGUGUCAAUGAUUUUUUUAAAUGAGAAGUAGCUAUCUUUUGUUGAUUGACACAUUCUUUAAAAUGGUGGCUUAAAGAAUAAAUUAAAAUUCAUAGACAUAUUUAUGUGACACACAAAUAGGCAAAUAUAGAUUGAUACUGGCUGCUUCAGUGUUAGUUUAAUUGGAAAUUGGUAAAUUAAAGCUUGUUUUGUGCUAAAAGUAUGAUCUAUAAAAUUUAUGUCAAAUAAGUUUAUUCUUUUAAACAGUUAAUUUCAAUGACAAAUCACUUAAUGUGCAAGUCUUGUACAUUCUUUAUAUAACUACAAAAUAUGUCAAAUUUAUGAAAAGCUCAUAGUAUUUUAAUAUUUUAUUAACAAUGAACACUUAGUUUUUUUAAUCUUUACAAUUUAAAUUGUACAAGGAGAAUUUUAAAUUUUUCUGUAUAUAAUUAUGACAUUGUCACAUAGACAUUACACAUAAUUUGUGCCAGAAACCUUAAAAAUCUUCCUAUGAAAUGGAGAUAGUGUGACAAUCAUUUUACAUUUGCUAUGUAGAGAGAAAUAAGGGUUAGUUUAUAUCCAUAUUGGAAAACUUUAAAGACUACUUGGAGGUUCUAUAAAUCCUGGUUUUAAUUAAAGUAAAACAAUAAAGUCAUUAUAUAGUUCAGAUGCUAAUGUUCUAAAAUAAUAAUAUAUAUUUACAUUAAAGCUAAAACUGUUAAGUAAAAUAAUAUUUUACCGUGUUGGCUUUUAACUGCUCUGGGGUCUGGAACUGUUGAUGUUCUAUUCCUACUUUAAGAACUGAACUGCUCACUUAUUCUGAAAGCCUUGUCAAACAAGCUGAUGUUAAGUUGGUUUUCACUAAAGCUGCUGGGAUGCCUGCCUUGUUGGAAAAUUUGUUCAUCUCCCCCCCCCCC